ACUCGGGGCCGGCGCGCGGGGUGAGCGGCUGGCCGCCCCCGGGCCGCGCGCCACUUCCGACGCAGCGUUCGCUUGGAGGUUCCGGGGCGCGCCGCGGCGUCCGCUGGCGGCGGCGGCGUCGUCCGCGGCCUGGGUUUCGGGCGGGAUGGAGGAGGCCGCGAUCGGAGAUGCCGAACUCAACUGGUCCCGCCUGAGCGUGUCGGCCGAGGCGCUGGAGUCGGAACUGGAGGCGCGCGCGGAGGAGCGGCGGGGCUCUCGGGAGGCGCUGCUGCGCCUGCUGCUGCCCUACAACCGGCUGACGUCGCUGCCGCGGGCGCUGGGCAGCGGCUUCCCGCACCUCCAGCUCCUGGACGUCAGCGGGAACGCGCUCACGGCGCUGGGACCCGAGCUGCUGACGCUGAGCGGCCUGCGCACGCUGCUAGCCAGGAACAACCGACUCGGCGGCCCGGGCUCGCUGCCCAAGGGCCUGGCCCAGUCGCCGCUCUGCCGCAGCCUCCAGGUCCUCAACCUCAGUGGCAACUGCUUCCAGGAGGUGCCCCCCUCGCUGCUGGAGCUGCGAGCGCUGCAGACCCUCAGCCUGGGCGGCAACCAGCUGCAGAGCAUCCCCGCCGAGAUCGAGAACUUGCAGAGUUUAGAAUGUUUAUACCUUGGAGGAAACUUCAUUAAAGAAAUUCCACCAGAAUUAGCAAAUCUACCUUCUUUGAAUUACUUGGUGUUAUGUGACAACAAAAUCCAAAGCGUGCCUCCUCAGCUUUCACAGUUGCAUUCACUUCGUUCCCUCAGUCUCCACAAUAACUUGCUGACGUAUCUGCCUCGAGAGAUCCUCAACCUCAUUCAUCUGGAAGAGUUGAGUUUGCGAGGAAAUCCAUUGGUUGUUCGUUUUGUUAGAGAUUUAACAUAUGACCCUCCAACUCUUCUGGAAUUAGCUGCAAGGACCAUUAAGAUCCGAAGUAUUUCUUACACUCCCUAUGAUCUUCCUGGGAAUCUUCUUAGAUACUUGGGUUCAGCCAGCAAUUGCCCAAACCCAAAGUGUGGUGGAGUCUAUUUUGACUGCUGUGUCAGACAGAUUAAGUUUGUGGACUUCUGUGGGAAGUAUCGCCUCCCCCUGAUGCACUAUUUAUGUUCUCCAGAAUGCUCUUCCCCCUGUAGCUCUGCUUCACACAGCUCCACAUCCCAGAGUGAGUCCGACUCAGAAGAUGAAGCCAGUGUUGCUGCACACAGAAUGCAGAAAGUUCUUCUUGGUUGAGCAGCAGUGGGUGUUGAGAAAUACUGAACACUACGCAAAGAUACUUAAAAAGAAAAUGGAAACCUUAGUGUUUUCAUCUUGAAUGUCCGUGUAAGAGUUGCAAUGAUGUAAAAGGUUUUGCAUUCCAUAUGUUCAGCAAGAUUAAGUCCAGUUCCAUGUUUAGAUUCUUUGAGUGUAAUUUAUUCUGAAUAGCAGUUCAAAAUUCAGUUCAGCUGGUUGGUCACAAUUUUCACUUAAGUCUUUAAUGAAACACUAGCAGAAUGGUAAACCCUGAAGAGCAGUCAUAAUCAGCCUGGAGUGGUGUCACUUGGGGCAGUUGGGUUGACUAAAGUAAGGCUUGAUGACAGUUGUCCUGGUUUGUGCUGAACACUCUGCCAUAAGUAGAAUGAGCCCUUCCCUGUGUCACCCCUGACUUGAGCCUUUCUGACCAACUAACUGGUACAGUAUAAGGACUAUCACUUUCCAAUGGACUGUUUAAACUUUAGCUCUUGUUUUGUGUGAUUGUUACUAACCUUAUGCAGUCUAGCUGUGAUGUGUUACAGUGCCUUAAUCCUAGCAAGGAUAUGGAAGCUUAUUCUAGAAAUGACUUCAGAGCAACCUACAACCUGACACUAUGCAAAACACUUGGAAAUGCGCUUUCACAGACUAAGUAAACCCUAUAGAUAAUCCCUGAGUCCUGCAGGCCUGGGACUCUUGAUGUAGAAUGGGCUGGCCGGGAACUCAGAUCUACUUGCCUCCACCUCCUGAUGCUGGCAUUAAAGUGUUCGCCACCACCUGCUUCCAUGGCUAUCUUAACUUCAUUUUGUUAACUGUAGUGAUCUCAUGUAAGCAAGGCUACAGUCAGGAUCCACCUAUCUGCCAAAAGAUAGAAUAAUCAUUCUUGAUAGAAAAAUCUAGAUGACAAAUAAUCUAAGAAAAGUUGCUUUUUAAUAAUGGACUAAAUGAGGAAAAUUUGGACAUGGUUGUGCACACCUCCACACCAGCACUUGGGAGGUAGAGGCAGAAGGUCAGGAGUUCAAAGUUAGCCUAGGCACCAUAGUGAAGUUGAGGCCAGCCUGGGCUACAUACAUGAAAUUGUCUCAUAGUGGGGGUGGGUUAGAGUGGGGUGGAUUUUAACUGUCAAAUGUGUCACCUUUGCUUGUGUUGUAUACUAAACCAAAACUUUCUCUGCAUUUGAAAGACAAACUACAACUAGAUAGCAUGACAGUUGAAGAGAGUCAGAAGUAGAGCUCAUUUUGUUCAUCCACAAUAGACUAGUUCACAAAGUUGGUGUAACCAUUGAACAUGGAGAAAGGUAUCAAUAAAACAGAAAAGAAAGCCCUAAUAAAACGUUGCAUCCUUAAGGUGUAGGAGAAAAAUAUUAACAAAUUAUUGUCAUUGGAAAUGAACAAAUUUCACUAACUAGUUGAUGAUGCAAUAAAAACUACUAAUAUGAAAACUCUAAAUUGACAUUAGAAAAUCUUUAGCUCUCACUACUGAUGAUUAAGUAAGCAACCUGUAACAGUGUGAAGGCUGGUUGGUAAGGUGCUAAAGGUAGUCUCAGAUUGCUGCAUUAGAGGUCAUGGGGCCUCUUUGUGCUUUGUUAGGGGCCAGCCGUGUGCUGAGGAUAUUCACAUGCUAGCUUUCCUGUAUAUAUCAUGUUUAUUAGGGGGUCAGGUGGUCUCUUAGAGAGUGCUGUGUUAGGGGCCAGCCGUGUGCUGAAGAUAUUCGCAUGUUAGCUUUCCUGUAUAUAUCAUGUUUAUGUUAGUAGAUUAUUUUAGUAAACUAUAUUAGUAGAUUAUAGGGUAAUUCAGGGUUUGUGUGUGUUUCUGUUACGUCAUGAAACACGAGAGUUUCGUGGCUGCAGUUGUGAAACACUGCUAUAGUGAGUCCCCUUACCUUUCCCUCGGAAUAGUGUAGUAAGAUUAUUUUUUCUUUUUUGAUUUAGAAAUUUUCUUCCUGUGUUUAUAGAAGUGAUGUUUCUACUGCUAACAUAAUUGUAUAAUAGAAGUUAUAAAGUUUAUAUUUUACCUAGUGAGCAACUGUAAGCUGUAGACUGCAAGAUUAGGAAAGGCACAGAUGCUUGGGCAGUACCCAAGUAUCAAACUGUAAAUCUUUGUAAUUAGAUAACUUUAGUUAAACAACAUAGAAUGUUUUCAUGGAAAACAUUCAAAUUGAUGGGACCAUAUUCUUCUGGUUUAAAUACUUGUAAUAGUUAUCUUGACCUAAGUAAUAGCUUGAGUAGCCCUUUAGAAAUUACUUGUUGUAAAUAGCCUUGUAAAUAGAGCAUCUAACCAUACAUACCCUUUCCAGCCUUCUAGAAAGAAGGUAUACUGUUUCAUCUUUCAUAAAUGUAAAUAUUCCAGCCUGUGGCAUAUAGAUGUAUCCUAUGAUAUUCUUUCAACAAAGUGUUUAUUGUGGUUUUUUUAUGUGUAUAGUUAAACUCUGUGAACAGUAUAUCAGAUCAGUGUGCAGCUGUCUCUUUGGCAGGGGUGGGGAUUAUAGGGAUGGAUCCCAGGGCCUUGUGCAUGCUGAGCAAGCUAUAGUCCAUGCAUAGCAUGUAUAGCUCUUAAUGAAAUCUUUUGUAGCUGUUUGACCUUUUUUGUUUUUCCUUUUUUACUCAUCUUUGGCCUUCUGCUUUACUGCCAGAGACUGCUAAAAAAUUUUCUUCUUUCUUUUUCAUACUUUUCCUUUUUUAAAAAAACCAAUUAUAGACAUUCACUUGGUGAGAUAGGAAUUGACCAUCUAGAAAUAUGAUCAUCCUCUGAAGUCAGCAGAAUGUAUUGUAAGCGGUAGUCUAUGUCACUAGUUAUAAGCCCCAUGUAUAUCCAGCUAAUGAACUCUUCGAGUUUCAGAAUCAGCAAGCGCUAAUUUUCAUAAUACGGUUGUUUUGUUUUCUAAGACAGGGCCUGGCUGUGUAGCCUAGGCUAGCCU